AUGCCUACCUACAUUAUCACCUGCAAGGAGAAUGCUUCCGACGAGGAUGUGAAGUCUACCGUCGAUGAGAGGGAUGAAACUGACGACCGUCGCAGGGCCAAGGACCACGCCAUUAAGCAGGGCGGCACCAUCGAGCACGAAUACAAGAUCAUCAAGGGCUUCUCAGUCAAGUUCCCUGAAGGCGCCGUGACCACGCUGGAUUCUCACCCCAGCAUCAAGGCGGUCGAGGCAGACGGCGUUAUGAAGAUCCAGUGA